AUGGACCGCCUGCAAAAAGCCUACAUAGACCACCCGACCGACGACGACGAUGACGACGACGACAACAAAGCAGCAUUCUACCGUUGCCGCCGCCUUGUGCAACAACGUCUGCGCGAGAUGCAGGACGCACGGACGGCCCGCAAGUCUAUUGAGAUCCAAGGGUACGCGGACCAUAUCGAAAGGAAGAACUUCUUCUCCGUCAUCAAAGCCAUCUACUGUCCGCCCGCCAAAUGUAUUGCACCUCUCCUCGGCGCUGACUGAAUAACCACGCUCACCGAAAAAGGACACAAAUUCUGCAGCGAUGGGCCGAACAAUUCAGAGGCGUCCUCAAUCGCCCCUCCAACAUCUCCGACACCGCAAUCGCCCGCCCGCCCCAAGUGAAGACCAACGCCAACCUUGUCCUCCCGCCAUCUCUCCACGAGACUAUCAGGGCCGUGCAGCAGCUCUCCAGCGGGAAAGCGCCCGCAUUGGAUGCCAGCUCUGCGGAGGUCUACAAGCAUGAUGGUCCCCAAAUCAUGGAGCAUCUGACGGCACCGUUCCAGGAUAUGCGGCGUCAAGGAGAAGUCCCGCAGGAUUUCAAGGGCGCCACAAUCAUCCACCUAUACAACCGGAUAGGAAACCGCCAGCUCUGCGACAACCACCGAGGCAUCUUCCUGCUGAAAAUUGCCGGUAAGGUAUUCGCUCACAUUCUUCUCAAAGCCUGAACAAUCACUUGGACUAAGGUCUUCUUGCGAAUAGUCAGUGCGGCUUUCGCCGUUAUCGUGGCACCAUGCACCGGAUCUUCGUCCCCCUGGCUGCAGGUGAAGCGUCAGGAGAUGCGGACUCACCUGCCCUUUUCUUUCGUGGAUCUGACGAAUGCAUUCGACAGGGUGAAUUGUGACGAAAUGUGGAUAAUCAUGCGGUGAUUUGGCUGUCCGGGACGAUUCAGUCAGAGGGUGCCUCAGCUCCAUGAUGACAUGCUGGCAUGCAUCACGGACGAAUUCGCAGUCUUAUAUAACCCUACAUGCUGAUGGACGCAUAACGCGACGAAGGCCCCAGGAUCCGCCUCGCCUAAGGGACGGCUGGCCAUCUCCUCAACCACAGACGUAUGCACUUCCGGUCGCGUGUAUCCACAGUACCCAUCCAUGAACUUCUGUUCGCUGAUAAGCACCUCGGGAUCCGCAUCGCAUACAUAACUGUGUGCAAACUGUUUAACCACAGGAAAAUGCGGAUUUAAUCGCGUGCCUCCAAAAUCACCGUCCACUAGGAGAGUCAGACUGAAAAAAUCCUUCUCAGCUUGUUCACGACAUCCUCACGCAUGUCAGCUGUACGCUGCUCAACCCGAGUUGUGUGCGAUCAUGCUGCUUGUGUUUGAGGAGCCAGGUCGUGCAUGUGGCGCGCGUAUACACGUUCACUAGACCCUGUCAGCCACCGCGCCAAUUCCACGUUCGGACAUUGGCUGCGGCCUGAAAAGGUGAAGGGUGAGUGAGAUCGACGACUAAGCGGACUUUUCUCCUCGCCAUAAACUAUCUGAAGCUAUCACGGUGCACUAAAAGCCCUGGCUUGGAAGGCUGCCAGCUGACGGAAUAACAUGGACCUCGCAGUCGACCUAAUAUGUUUGUGUAUGGAGUGGCUGGCUGGUUCCAAUGACUCCUUCUUAAUGUGGCCUCUAUGACACUCCCAAUGCAAGAGAUCCGAGCGGGGUGUGGCGGCACGCCUAGGUGCCGUUUCGGCCGCGCCAGCCUCAAUUCUUAGUUCUUGUAAAUGUUGUUGUUGGUCAAAAUCCCGGUUGUUUGGGGUUUGGACCAGUGGGUGGGAAGUGGAACGCCAAGGUGCGGGCUCGACAGUACCAUCUUCCUGUGCCCUCCCUCCCCUCCGGUUUUCUGGACUCUGUCUUGACGGCGGGUCUAAAUGGGGAGGAGAAGAGUGCGGUAGAUACAGCUCCUCCUCCUCCUCCUCCUCCUCAUCCUCCUCCUAGUCCUCCUCCUCCUCAUUCUCGCCGCCCAUCUCGCCAGAUUGGAAGGGUGAGUCCGCUUACUCUGGAAGCCGGCAGCCCAAAUCUACUGGCAUUAUUUACCCUUGCGCAAUUCACCGUACCUGCUUCCGCAUCUGCUGUGAGGCACACGGUGGAAUUCAUCGAAAUCUAUGGUCGAAAUAUCACGCGUGUGUGUGUGUGUGUGUGUGUGUGGGGUGUAGGGGUGUACAGCGGUGGGUUCACGUGAUGGUUGUGGUGGUCGCUCACUUGCUCGCAGGUGAGACUACGCCUAGCGUCCAUUCGCUGGCACCCAACACUCACAUCUGGCACCACGUAGCUGGGCUCUGCUCAGCGGCCACACCCCGGGCAACCGCCUCGACCGGCGUGCUAAACCAGGUGAGGGUAUCCGUGCGUGCACCUGCACGCGCGGUACUGUGGUCUGCGCUGGACGGAUGGAUCUUCGCGUCGACAUCGUCGAGACGAUGCUCUGCCUGGACCAUCGCAGGAGGCCACAAGGUAAGUUUCCCCUAGGUAAGUGCAUUUUCUCUGUUUCUUCCUUUUGUCUGUUGAAGUUCCGUGUCGUAUGCUGCUCUUACUGCCUGCCCUCUGUAUGCUAUUCUGUCUAAUAAUAGCUAGACGAAACCCUCGCUGCCUGCUGCGAUUGUCUGUCCGUCAGUCUAUGCCACUCUCUACUAAUAGCUAGGUGUUACGAUGCUUGACUUUGAGUGGUGCCCUCACUUUGUUUCUAACUGGUGACUGUGUCCGCUUUUCCACUCUAGUUCUAAGUCCCAUAGCGUUAGGUAGUGUGUAUGCUCUCUCUUACUUCACUUUAUCACAUCAUCACCACCACCAAGGUCCCAGGCUAAUUCGGGUCGUUCUCUCACUAACAAAAAGUCGUGGCCCAUAGUGGAGUCCAGCAGCCGUCUGGGAUAACCGGGCAGCCCUGUUCAGGGAUGCGUUGCCUGCCCCCGCGAGAGGGAGGGGGCUAGAAAAGGUGCCCUAAAGAUCGCUGGGAACCACGCUGUCUGUAGGCUGGCCGUGGCCGCAGACAAAAAACACACCGUCGAAACAGCCAAAACCAAAACAACAACAACAACAAUCACUCUCUUCCUCUUCCAGCAUAUUCUUCUACUUCACCUACUCCUACAUUUCGCCACCGCAGUCGCCAGACUGGCAUCGUGGGCCCGCUCACUCUGGCAGCCUGGAAUGUUCGUUCCCUUUUAGACAAUCCAAGGAGCAACCGACCGAAACGGAGGACGGCGCUAGUGGCACGAGAACUGGCGCACUACAAGGUGGACAUCGCCGCACUCAGCGAGACCCGAUUCUCCGAACAAGGCCAACUGGAGGAGGUGGGUGCCGGCUACACCUUCUUCUGGAGUGGUCGACCCAGAGCAGAGCGACGAGACGCGGGCGUCGCCUUCGCCAUCCGGAACGACAUCGUGGGACGACUGCCCUGUCUACCGAAGGGAAUCAACGAUCGCCUGAUGAGCCUCCGCCUGCAUCUCCCCCGGGGUGGGGUCAAAUUCCCCACCAUCAUCAGCGCCUACGCUCCCCCGAUGACCAGCCCCGACGACGCACGUGACGAAUUCUACGAGGACCUGCACGCCCUCAUGGCGACUGUGUCGAAGGCGGACACGUUGAUUGUCCUUGGUGACUUCAACGCCCCCGUCUGAACAGACCAUACUUCCUGGAGCGGAGAGCUGGGUCCCCAUGGUCUCCGCGAAUCCAAAGACAACGGCCUGCUGCAGCUCCACACCUGCGCAGAACACCGCCUCAUCCUGACGAACACGUUCUUCUGUCUUCCGGAGCGAGGGAAGGCCACCUGGAGGCAUCCUCGGUCGCGUCAGUGGCACCUGCUGGACUAUGUUCUCGUCCGAAGGCGUGGCCAGCGGGACGUGCUGGUGACGAAGGCGAUCGCGGGUGCUGAUGGGUGGACCGACCAUCGCCUCGUCAUCUCGAAGAUGCGUAUUCGCCUACAGCCUCGCAGGAGACCACAAGGUAAGCGACCCCCAGGUAAGCUGAAUGUUGCUUUGUUGUCUUUGUCCGCUCACCGUCUCCAUUUCAGCAACGAGCUAGCUCAACGGCUAGACAACCUUCCAAUCGCUGCCACCGACGACGCCGCCGCUGCUGCCGAGAACGCCUCCGUGGAGAACCGCUGGUGUCAACUGCGAGACACAGCCCAGUCGACGGCGCUCGCCUUCCUCGGUCGCGCUCCCCGUCAACACCAGGACUGGUAUGAAGACAAGGAUGUCGCCAUCAGAAAACUGCUGGCUGAGAAGAACCGCCUAAACAAAGCAUACGUAGAUCACCCCACUGAGGACAACAAAGCUGCCUUCUACCUCAGUCGCCGCCAGCUUCAGCAACGACUGCGCGAGAUGCAGGACGCCUGGACUGCUCCCAAAGCUGAGGAGAUCCAAGGGUACGCGGACCGCAACUAA